AUGAACUGGUUGAAGGAAAAAAAUUCUGAUUACCAUGGUUUACUUCAUCGGCAUCACAUUCACUACCAAGGUGUGAAAAAUUUAUCAACUACAUUAACAGAACUUGGAAUUGAAUAUAAAAUAGUUCAACGUUUUGACUUUGAUUUGGAUCUGAUUAAUUGGGCAGAUGUGGUCAUUUCUGCUGGUGGCGAUGGAACCUUUCUUUCUGCUGCCAGCAAAAUCAAAAACCGAAACAAACCUCUCAUUGGUAUCAACACUGACCCUGCUAGGUCAGAAGGUCAUUUAUGUUUACCAAAAAAGAAAACCCAAGAUCUCCCAUCAAUUCAAGAAACAUUUAAUAAGAUUAUUUCAGGAGAUUUCAGAUGGAAAUGGCGUCAGAGAAUCCGGAUCACAAUGUCAGGAAAGUAUGAAAAUGAUGAUCCAAUUGAACUUCAUGACCAGCAGCUGCAGUAUCCUGAGCAUAGAUUCACAGAGCAUGUCCAAGAACAUGAGCUGUUCCACAAAGGCAGCAGCAUGCCCUGCAAGGAGUCAAGACGAGUUCUUCCAGUGUUAGCACUUAAUGAAGUUUUCAUGGGAGAAUCUUUAUCCUCUCGUGUGUCCUACUAUGAACUAAUGUUAGACAAUGCACCAAGGAUCAAAUUAAAAAGUUCUGGAAUUACUGUCUGUACAGGCACUGGAUCAAGUUCUUGGCAUUUCCAUAUCAAUCAUGUACCACAGCAAUCUGUUAAAGAGAUUCUAAAAUUAGCAAGUAAAGUUGCUGGAUGCAAUCCACAUACAUGGAAUAAUGCAGUUGUAAAAGAAGUGACAGAAAAAUUCAACCAGUCUUUAUGGUUUGAUGCUGAAGAACUUAAAAUGGCGUAUACAAUUCGUGAUCCUGUUAUGAACAGUGUGUUUCAAAUUCCUAACCCACGGGGAUGUGUUAAAAAGUUGACUGUGCAUUCUCGUAUGUGGGAUGCUUGUCUUGUUGUUGACGGUGGGUCUUCAUUUGCCUUUAAUGAUGCUGCUGAAGCCACCUUGGAAAUUCACGAGGAGGAUGCCUUGCGGACUAUCACUCUGGACUAA